CCAUGCUACCCCUGUGAUGACAGGUUGUGGUUGGUGAUGCUGGCAGUGUCCGAGGUGCUGUACCCAGGCCAUGUGCCCGCUGUGACGUGUAGGGGGGCAGCCCCUGAUCCAGCCUCCUCCAUAUGACAAGUCGGGGAGGUGUCAGAGCCGAUCCCACCUGCGAUCUCCUUAUGGAGGACCGUGCAUGAGCACCGAGAGGGGAGGGAGAAGGAGCCCGGUGGACAUCGAUCAUGAGCGGCGGGCAGCAUGGGGGAGAGGGGCGGCAGCCUGAUGUCAUGCAGCGUCUCUCAGACACCAUAACCUGGAGGAGGCCUCUCCAUAGCCUGGCCGUCUUCAUCGGCUGUAACGCGCUCUUCUGGUUUCUAGCACUGAGCCCCUGGAGAAUUUAUCAUUUACUCUCACUGAUUUUAUUUGGACUUCUUCUGGUUCAGAUUAUUAAACAUUUUCUGCUGUCUAGAAACACAGGUGCACAACUAUGGAGAGGUAUAGUCAAAAGGUGGGAGGCAGUCAACUCUAGUUCAGAAUGCAAACCUCAGCUUGGUCAAUGCAUGGAAGAAUCCUGGUCCAGUUACAGCACUUUCUUUCAAGAAUUAUCCCUCUUUAAACAACAAAAUCCAGGCAAAUUUUGCCUUUUGGCAUGCAGUGUUUGUUCAUUUCUCGUUAUAUUGGGAAGCUACAUUCCAGGAGUUGUCCUCUCCUAUGUCAUUUUAUUGAGUGCCUUCUUGUGCCCAUUGUUAAAAUGCAAUGAAAUCGGACAGAAAGCAUACAGCAAGCUGAAGCCAGUUCUGCAGAAGCUGGAUUUUGGGCUGCAGUCCUAUAUCAGCCAGUGGAUGAAAGCCAGAUCUAAGAAACUUGAAAAGUUUCCAGAAGAAAGCAGUGAAGUAGCUUUGUCUUCAUUAUAUCCUCAGAUCACUCCAGGAACGUUAGUCAGGGAACUCUCAAUUUCUGACACAGAACCAUCAGAGUUGUCUUGGACAGAAAAUGGAACCUUUAACCUGUCAGAAGGCUACACUCCACAGACUGAUACAUCCGAUGAUCUGGAUCGGCCAAGUGACCAGGAGGAAGGUUUCACCAGUGGCAUGGCUGAAUUCCCUUCUCUUGAGAAUGGCUCCCUAUCCAAUGAUGAGGACUCUAGCAUAGGUCUACCUGCCAUUCCAAAGAGCAGACACAAAGAUAGUCAAAAAGCACAAGCUGAAAAAAGCUCAGUAACACCGCUGUCAUUGCUUUUGGGCAGUGAGCAGCCAUAUCAUUUAGUAAGCGGUGUGGCUAGUGAGGUCAUCACAGCGGCUGUUUCAGCAGCCAUCACUGACCAGUUACAGUCAGUCUUUCUCUCCUCACAAACUCCUGCUCCCAUUUGCAUUGAGGAUACUGACACUGAGGAAGCUGAUGACUUUGAACUUUUGGACCAGUCAGAACUGGAGGACAUAGAAGAGGAAGUGGGGCACUCAUCAAGCCAGGAAUCUGAGAGCAAAAAGCCUUCAGGAUUCCUCUCCAGCCUACUGGGUGGGCAUUAACCUACCAACGUUUCCACUCCUUUAACUACAGAUUGUGAAGACGGGGAGGUCUCAUAGGAACACAUAAAUACAAGCAUUAAUCAUGCAGCAAGAAUAAGUAGGGAAAAUGUGUAAAUCGUAAGCUUUAAGUAUUGUUCCCUUUAGUCACUUUAGGCCUGUGUAAACUAUUGCAGAUGUCUUCAGCUGUCUCACUAAUGGUUUUCCCCGCUGUCCCCUGAAGGUGUUGCAUGGAGCUGAAUUGCGUUAUUUAUGUAAUGUAGGUAAGAGACAGUGUUCUUAUAUUUUGAAGGAAUAAAACUUAACUUAAAAAAGUUUCACUGGUUGCAUACCAGAGUUUACAACACAGGUCUCUUAGACUGCAAGAAUGUUUGUGAAUGCUGAAAUAGUUCUAGCCAUGGGCAGUAGAGAUAAGUAGGGAGAGGUGGACAGUGCUCUCCUGUACAAGGCUGCUCCAUUUUACAAUGCAGAAUUCUUGUUUCUAGUGUCACUUGUCACCUAUACCAAACUUCUACUCUCUGAAUAGCCAUACAACCGUGCAAUUUGAUUAGAUCUGCCAAAUGGACUUGCAAUUUUUCUUUGCACGUUAAUCGUUUAGACGGGCCAAGAGAUGUUUGGAAGUAAGUUCAGGAAAAGUGCCAUUAUCCAUUUGGUUGACAUAUGUGUAAGAAAAAUAUACAUAAGUAAAAAUAAGUGAACAUCUUAUACAAGGUAAUCCAACUAUAGUGCUAAUGAGUUUUCAGGCCUUACCCACUAUGAGUUAUAAACAUGGCUGUUGCACACUAUACACUGAAACGGCAUUUAUAAACUAAAUUCCCAAGCUGGCUGGAUUCAGUUGGUAAUGUCUAGCUUUAUUUAACCAUAUCAGGUAUGUGAUCUACAUAUAAGGGCAAUGUUUUACCUACCAAUGGAUUUGUAUCUCUGUCCAAUCCACUCCUGAGUAUUUCACAGCCCCUUACACAGCACAGCUAGGUGAAUUAGGUCAUUUACAAUUAAGGAAUGCAGUGGUGUCCUCCCUUUUUUUUCCAAGCCUGCUGACUGGACAGUGAAAGUGCAGCAGCAGACUUAUAAGGCCAUCCUUCUGUACACUCUGCUCUCUAUUCCUAUUAGCAUGUUCCUUGCCUGUACAUUUGCAUGCAGCACACAUGAUUGGCUGCCAGUUCUGCCCCAUCCACUCCCAGUCUGAGUGCUUCUAUAUAGGGGAUCACCAGAGGCUAAUACCAAGCCAAAUUAGGGUACAUAGGUUACAUUUGAAAAACGACAUUAAAUGAUGUAUUGUUGAAUGCA